AUGCUCCCCCGUGCCCAGAAUAUCCCCAAUGCCCCAGGAUACUCCCGUGCCUCAGGAUACUCCCCCGUGCCCAAGAAUAUCUCCAAUGCCCAACAUACUUCCCGUGCCCAGGAUUCUCUCCAGUGCCCCAGGAUACUCCCCGUGCCCCAGGAUACUCCCCGUUCUGGAUACUCCGUACCCCAGGAUACUCCGUGCCCGGAUACUCCCCAUGCCCAGACCCCCCAGGAUACUCACCCGUGCCUCAGGAUCUCCCCCGUGCUGAGCCUCCCAAUGCGGAUACUCCCCGUGCCCCAGGAUACUCCCCCGUUCCCAGGAUACUCCCCGUGCCUCCAGGAUACUCCCCCUGAGAUACUCCCCAUGCCCCAGGAUACUCCCCGUGCCCCAGGAUGUCCCCAGUGCCCCAGGAAACUCCCCAUUGGAUGCUCCGUGCCCCAGGAUACUCCCAGUGCCCCAGGAUACUCCCCCGUGCCCAGGAUGCAGGAUCUCCCCCGUGCUGAGACCUCCCCGUGCCCCAAGUACUCCCCGUGCCCAGGAUACUCCCACCGUGCCCCAGAAUACUCCCCCGAUACUCCCCCGUGCCAGGAUCUCCCCGUGCCCCAGGAUACUCCCCUGCCUCAGAGAUCCCCCGUGCCCCAGGAUACUCCCCUGCCUCAGGAUACUCCCGUGCUCAGGAGUGCUCUCCAGUGCCCCAGAAUACUCCGUGCCCAAGAAUACUCCCCCAGUGCCUCAGGAUACUCCCCGUGCCCAAGAAUGCUCCCCAUGCCCAGCAUUCUUCCCCGUGCCCCAGGAUUCUCUCAGUGCCCCAGGAUACUCCCCCGUGGGACCUCCCCAUUCCCAGGAUACUCACCCGUACCCCAGGAUGCUCCCAGUGCCCAGGAUACUCCCCGUGCCCCAGGAUACUCUGUGCCCCAGGAUCUCCCCGUGCCUCAGGAUACUCCCCCGUGCCCAAAUACACCCAAUGCCCCAGGACCCCGUGCCCCAGGAUACUCCCCGUGCCCAGGAUACUCCCCGUGCCUCAGGAUACUCCCCGUGCCCAAGAAUGCUCCCCAGUGCCCCAGGAUGCUCCCGUGCCCAGGAUAUUCCCAGUGCUUUGAAUACUCCCCGUGCCCCAGGAUGCUCCCCCGUGCCCAGGAUGCUCCCCGUGCAGGAUGCUCACCGUGCCCCAGGAUGCUCCCCGUGCCCCAGGAUACUCCACCGUGCCCAGGACUCCCCGUGCCCAGGAUACUCUCCCGUGCCCCAUAA